GUUGUUGCUCGUCCGUAUUUCGUCCCAGUGAACACGGCAAACUGUUGAGCCCACUUGAGUUCGGCAGCUCUGGUUAAAUCUUCAGACAGAAAACAUUUUUUGCCGGCACAUUUACGGCUGUUUUUGUUGGCUUUCCCACAUUUUUCUGCGAAGGAACCGCACAACCAAACCAACGCAACAAGGAGAACUACGUAAAAAAAAAUUGCUCUUGUCGAGUGCGAACGCGCCCGAAAUUCUCUCAUAUUUUGUUGUUGGUGCAAACACCAAACCCCUGGGUGCAAGCGCUUGAAACUUAAAUGAAAAAUAAACUUUUCAAYGAGACAAACCUUUCCCCUACUUUCUUUUGCUAACUCUUACUUUUUGUUUUCAAACUUCGCGGUACGGGAUUUUAUCUUGUUUACAUUGGAUUUUAAUACGUAACCGGAAAUGCGUAAUUUACCGGAAGCUCAAAUUUGUACUCAUGCGCAGUGCGUUUUACCGCGGUGUUGGUCUCAAUUGGUCUCACGCUCUGAUCUUGGGGAGCCCCCUAGCCUUCGCGCGUGAGCAUGCCAUUCGUUAGUUCUUCAGCUGGGGUUUUGAAAUUAGGCAGAAAUAAACCACAGCAAGAUUUUCUGUUUCUUUUCCCAGAAAAAGGGAAAGUCCAAUCGGUAAAUUUUUGCUGACCUGCUGACUCAGCCACUUUUUAAGUCUGAGCGGAAAUUUCUCUAGCCCCUCCCCCGCAAAAAGUGCAAAAUACCAGACUUCUCAUAUCUCUCAUUCGGCUCUGGAAACGAGUGUCGCCUGGUCAUUCUUUGCGCUGUUCGUUUUCGACGAAACUUUUCAUGUUUUCAUCAGCGUUAUUUCACUUUUCAAUAGGCCUUUUGUUGUAUUUGGCUUUUAAUUGGACGUGCAGAUGGCUAGGAACUCCAAUCGCGGAAAGAAAAUCAAUCAACAGAACACAAACAAAACCAUAUGCAAAUGUCUUGGAAUCCUUGAGGGAGGGCUCCAGCAUCUGGUGCACGGGUCAUAACAAAUCAGCCCGUAUCUGCAAAUUUCGUUAUCUUUGUUACCACCCAGUUCAAGAUGAGUACUUGUUUUUUCAUGGCCCAGAAACAGUACUUGAUGGCGUCCCCGUCAAUCGCUUCGAUCCAGCACUUUUGGACAUGUCUUCAGUUGAAGAUCAUAAUGCUCAGUACUUCAACUAUAUUGACUACCCAGUGAAAGCUUUGGAAAGCUUUUCCAAUAUUUCGAUAUUCGACGACUUUAGCUUUAUAUUUCAUAGAUUUAAUGCAGAAAAUAUUAUGCACAUUAUUCAUGACGAUCUGUUACCUUUGUACCACACGAUGAGGCAGUUCUCACAGUGUAAGUUCCCCAUUGAUCUUGAAUACAGAAUAGUUUUGAUGGAGGGAUGGAAUGAAGGUGCUUACUUUGAUCUUUACAAGUUACUUACUAACAAGGAGUUGCUCCUCAGGAAAGAUCUCCGGAAGGCAAAAAACCUGAUCUGUUUUCAACAUGGAGUUAUUGGCAUAUCAAAGUUUACCACAUGGUAUCAAUAUGGCUUCAGACAGCCACAAGGGCCACUUCCUCAUAUUUCGUUAACUGGUGGAUACAUGCAACAUUUUACAAAGUUUAUCAAAAGUAGGUUGGGGCUAAAACAUGUAUUAUUCCAUAGAUCUGAUUCUUCUUAUAUUGUCCUGUGUUCAAGAGAACAUAAUCGUUUGAUAAUAAAUGAACUAGAUUUGUCAAUGAUGAUUGCCAGACAGUUCAAAAAACAAGUCAUUCGAGUCAGCAUGGCAACACACUCUUUAAAAGAGCAGAUCCAGCUUGUAAGCAAUGCUAGCGCACUGAUUGGAAUGCAUGGCUCCAUGUUGAUCCUGGCAAUGUUUCUUCCACCUGGAGCGAAGCUCAUUGAACUGUUCCCAUUUGGUAUUAACCCAGAUAAUUACACUCCUUAUCGCACUCUGGUGGAAUUACCUGGGAUGAAUGUUGUCUAUGCCUCUUGGAGAAAUGAAAUUGAAGAAAACACUGUUACUUAUCCUCACGAGGCACCAGAUGUUGGAGGAAUUGAUCAUCUUAGUGAAGAGGAGCAAGAGGAGAUCAUGAACGCAAAAGAGGAAAAUAUGUGGCAUUAUCAGAUGUUCCUAACAGUAUUAACUGUUAUUCUUGCUGAGGGUACCUGUCAGAAGUGUGAUAAUAAAAAGCUAACUGUGCAUCUAUAGGAUGGAUAUUAGGUUUCCAUGUGCAUUUUUGUUCAGUAUGUUACAAUAAUUAUUCAUUAUUAGAUAAGUAAUCAUAGUUAGGUUUCCACAAUUAGUAUACAUUGUAUGCUAGCGACCUCUACACGUUAAUAAAGUUGUUAUCUUAUCUUUAUCUUAUCUUAUAAAAAUUUAUGUUUGUUAUCAUAUUAUUAACCCAUUGACUCCUGUGCCGCCCGUAACCAGCCUUGACAAGCCUUGGCCUUUGUUCCACUUCUGACGUCAUAACCUUUAACAAAAUUGGCAUGAUCUAUGCUCAGCUUCUGCAGGAGGAAAAGAUCUUUCCAAUGAUACCCAGAUCAGAGUGAUCACGAAAAUGCUCAAAAAGUUGAGUGAAAAACUCAGAACAAAAUUUCCAGCAACUACAUGUGGCUACUCCAUGGUAAAAAUUGCCUGUCUCAAUGAUGCUUCCUCAGAAAGUUUUGAAUUGGAAGCAAGCCCAGUAGAAGGUCAAUCACUGCACCAAAAAGAAAAGAAAAGGAGAAAAAGGAAAGGCAAAAAAAAAUUUAAAAAAUUGAAAAGCCUAAAGAUGUAGGUCACUUUCUUGUCCAAAAAAACUAUCUCAGAAGUUUGAUUUCUCCGCAUACCCAGGCAAAAAUGUCGUAAAACGGGGUGCUAGUGGAAAGAAAGGCA